AUGUCCUCAAGGUCCUUAACAAUGCAUGAAGUAGCCCGUGAUAAUAGGUUGUGGGUGGUUUUGGGAAAUGAAAGAAGCGGUAAGGUAUUGGGAACUAUCGGUGGCCACAACCAUGCCAUCAAAGUCGGCUUUGCUAGGUAUGUGCAGUGUCGGUGGUUUUGGGAUGUGCAGUGUACGGGGCAACUAUCGGGGAAGCUAUCCUCACGGUAUUCUGCCACUUCCAUACCAUCAAAGUCGGCUUUGCUAGCAGCUGGUGCUUCACGGCUUGUGCUUUCUUCACGAGUUGUGUGGAUUCCAGGUAUGAAUUGUGGAAGGUACUGCAAAAUGGGUGUUGUGGUAGAUGGUUGGAACAGAAACAGAUGGAUAAUCAUGAAAGGGAAGCGAGGAUUAGAGCAUAUGGGUCUGAAACCCAUUGUUGAGAGUCCGAUGGAUGGUAAGGGGUCUGGAAAGGGUGGACUGAGAGGAGGACCAUGGGGAUUGGUGGGGGAAAUGACAGCGGUGGUGGCCACUGUAUUGAUGACAGUACAGGAUGGUGAGCAUAAGCUUCCAUCAGAGGAGGAGGUGGUGACUGUAGUGAGGGGAAGGAGAUUAUGA